AGUGAAGUCAAGUCUCCCAGAUGAGGCGUACGCACCGGGCGCAACUUAGAGAAGAGCGCUUCAUCAUCCUAGACCCAUCCGAAGUCCAAAUACAGAACAAAACGCCAGUCUUCCUCUGUGGAAUUCUUCAAUCAGUCUUCGUUCAAUUCCCUCUUCGGAACACAAAGGGAUUGAUUCGGUCAUUUGGUAAUUCUUUGAGUCGCGGUGGAGAAGUUUGAGGGUCGAUGAAAGGGGAAUUGCAGUUGGAGCCGACGGGUGGGCGAAACCCUAGUGACUCUGAUCCUCUGCUUAAAAAUCAACAUGUGGAUUCGCCGUUGUCUUCGUCAUCACUGGCAAGUUCGGAUGAGAUAAAGAGUGAGGAUGCUGAAGGUGGUUCUCUUGCCUGUUGCCGCAUUUGCCUUGAAUGCGAGGGCGAGGGAGAUGAUGAAUUGAUAUCUCCAUGCAUGUGCAAAGGCACUCAACAGUUUGUGCAUCGAUCAUGCCUUGAUCAUUGGCGGUCGGUUAAGGAAGGAUUUGCUUUCUCUCAUUGCACUACUUGCAAGGCUCAGUUUCAUCUUCGAGUUUCUAAGUUUGAAGACAGUGAAUGGCGUAAAACAAAAUUCAGGCUUUUUGUUGCCAGGGAUGUUUUCCUUGUAUUUUUGGCUGUGCAAACUGUUAUUGCUGCUGUGGGUGGGUUUGCAUACCUCAUGGACAAAGAUGGAACCUUCAGGAAUUCAUUCAGUGAUGGUUGGGAUCGUGUACUGUCAAAGCAUCCCAUUCCAUUUUACUAUUGUAUAGGAGUGCUCUCCUUCUUUGUGCUGCUUGGGUUCUUUGGACUCAUACUACACUGCUCCUCCCUCAAUAGCAAUGACCCGCACAUGGCUGGCUGCCAGAAUUGCUGUUAUGGAUGGGGCAUUUUGGACUGUUUUCCUGCAUCUAUGGAAGCCUGCUUUGCUAUGGUUAUUGUCUUUGUUGUCAUUUUCGCUAUUCUUGGAAUAGCUUAUGGCUUCCUUGCUGCAACCAUGACUCUCCAAAGAAUUUGGCAGAGACACUACCACAUCCUCACCAAGAGGGAACUCACGAAGGAGUACAUAGUAGAGGAUCUACAUGGACUCUACAGUCCCCCAAAACUGGACCAAGAACACGAAGAGCGACUAAAAAUGCUCAAGCUCUUAUAGUAAGUGCUGAGCGGGUGAAAGAAUAACUGGUUGUAAGGCUACUGUCUGUAUUUUUACUGGAUGAUAAAUCGAGUUGGUAUGUGAACCAAUGUUAUGCUAAAUAUACAGCAGAACAUGAAAUAGCAAAUCAAGAACAUAAACUUGUGAGCUGAUGGUAAAUAACACUCUAGUUCAAUGCGCUGGCUUGCUUACCCA